CACUCCACGACUCUCCAGGCUUACAGCCGGCUCCUUUUGCCAGCCCUCCUCUGCAAAUCAUAUACUUCUGUCAGUCAUAGAUCCAACUCAUCCAACCCCCUUUGGAUGUUUUGAAAACUGACCACACCGCUGCACUUAUCCCUCACGCUCUGUGAACAUGAACAAACUUUCCUUCACUCUCCAGAUUUUUAGAAUAAUUCUGUUUGCCACUGAAGUUUACGGUGAUAAUAUCUGUACCACGCGAGGGGUCAAUUCAUGUCAGCAGUGCUUGGCUGUAAGCCCAAACUGUGCUUGGUGCUUCCAGGAGAACCUGCCCUCAGGAUUCUCUCGCUGUGACCUGAAAGCAAAUCUUAUUCAAAAUGGCUGUACAGAUGAUUUUGAGUUUCCAACUAGCAGCACCGCAGUCUUGGAAGACAGGCCCCUCAGCAACAAAGGCUCAGGGGGAAGCAUCACCCAGAUGUCCCCACAGAAGAUUGAGCUCCACCUGAGACCAGAUGACUCCCAAACUUUCUCAGUUCAAGUGCGGCAGGUGGAAGACUACCCUGUGGACAUCUAUUACCUGAUGGACCUGUCACAUUCCAUGAAGGACGAUCUCUACAACAUCCAGAACUUAGGUACCAAGCUAGCCAGGAAAAUGGCCGAAGUGACCAGCAACUUGAGGAUUGGUUUUGGAGCUUUUGUGGACAAGCCCAUGUCCCCUUAUAUGUUCAUCUCCCCUCCAGAAGCUAUUAAAAAUCCAUGUUAUAACCUGCCCCCUCCAGAUAACCACUGCCUACCAAUGUUUGGCUAUAAACAUGUUCUGGCACUCACAAAUGAGGUGAAGCGUUUCAAUGAGGAGGUGAAGAAACAGCAAGUUUCAAGGAACCGUGAUGCCCCUGAAGGAGGAUUUGAUGCCAUCAUCCAAGCGAUUGUCUGUGAUGAGAAAAUUGGCUGGAGACCAGAAGCCUCCCACUUGCUGGUUUUCACUACAGAUGCAAAGACGCACAUUGCUUUAGAUGGGAGACUGGCAGGAAUUGUAACGCCCAAUGAUGGGCAAUGCCACAUCGACAGCAGCAACUUCUACGCGGCUUCUACCACACUAGAUUAUCCAUCCCUUGGCCUGAUGACUGAUAAACUCUCCCAGAAAAACAUUAACUUGAUUUUUGCUGUGACACAAAUCGUUGUGGGGCUGUAUCAGAACUACAGUGAGCUGAUCCCUGGCACGACUGUAGGGACCUUGUCAGUUGAUUCUAGCAAUGUUUUACAGCUCAUUUUGAAUUCCUACGAGAAAAUUCGUUCCAAAGUUGAGCUUGAAGUACGUAGCUUACCAGAAGAAUUGUCCCUCUCAUUUAAUGCCACCUGCCUUGAUGGUGAAGUUAUCCCCGGAGUUAAGUCUUGCGUUGGUCUUAAGAUUGGAGACACGGUGAGCUUCAGCAUUGAGGCAAAGGUGCGCGGUUGCCCCCAGGAGCGGCAGAAGUCUUUCACCAUCAAGCCAGUGGGCUUCAAGGACAGCCUGACCGUGGUAGUGAAUUUUGACUGCGAUUGCAGGUGCCAGGGCAAUGCUCAGCCCGACAGCCCCAUUUGUUCCUAUGGCAAUGGCACCUUUGAGUGCGGCAUGUGCCGAUGUAAUCCAGGCCGGUUGGGCUCCCACUGUGAGUGCUCUGAGGAGGAGUACAGUCCUUCCCAGCAGGGCAACUGCAGCCCUCGGGAGGGCCAACCUCUCUGCAACCAGAGGGGUGAGUGCAUCUGCGGCCAGUGCGUGUGCUACGGCAGUGACUUCGGCAAGGUCUCCGGCAAGUAUUGUGAAUGUGAUGACUUCUCCUGCGUCCGCUUCAAGGGGGAGCUGUGCUCUGGUCAUGGGAAAUGUGUUUGUGGGGACUGUGCUUGUGACCCGGACUGGACGGGAACCUACUGCAAUUGCACAACUCGGACUGACACUUGCAUGUCCAGCAACGGAUUGGUGUGCAGCGGGCAAGGGCGGGGCUACUGCGCCUGUGGGAAAUGCAUCUGCACUCAGCCUGGCUCUUAUGGAGACACCUGCGAGAAGUGUCCAACCUGCCCCGAUGCCUGCACCAUCAAGAAGGAGUGUGUGGAAUGCAAGAAGUUUGAGAGGGGGACCCUGAUGGAGCAAGAUACCUGCAGCCGAAACUGUCGGGACGAAAUUGAGUCAGUGCAGGAACUUGGAGACAAUGGAAAAGACGCCGUGAACUGUACAUACAAGGAUGAAGACGAUUGUGUGGUCCGCUUCCAGUAUUAUGAGGACUCCAGUGGCAAGUCCAUCCUGUAUGUCAUUGACAAACCAGACUGUCCCGAAGGGCCUGAUGUCUUGGUGGUUCUCCUUUCGGUGACGGGAGCCAUCUUACUAAUUGGCUUAGCUGCUCUGCUUAUCUGGAAACUACUCAUCACAAUUCACGACCGGCGGGAAUUUGCUAAGUUUGAAGAAGAGAGGGCUAGAGCAAAGUGGGACACGGCCAACAAUCCAUUAUACAGGGGAGCCACCUCCACAUUCACCAACAUCACAUACCGUGGGAAUUCGUGAGGGGACCCCAAGCCUUGAAGGGCCUUCCUCGCUCAUGUUUACAGAACAUGUAUUGCUGUUGGCUUGUAUAUUUUGUAUGUUUUGUGUGUGUGUGUGUGUGUGUGUGUGUGAGUGAUAUUUUAACAGCAGUUUGCUCAAGGGCCUUUGCUCUGCAUGCUCCGCUGUCACAUGAGGAUGUCAGCAUUAUGUUCCUUUCAAGAACCUCUGUUUACCUCAGCUCGCCUGUGGGCCACACCCAUACACUGAAGAAGGAGAAAGCGGGAAUUACUUUUCAUUGGGGAUAGUGCUGUAUGAAUCCCCAUGGGCCACAGGAUACUCUAGUUGAAUAAAAUUCAGGAGCAGUGUGUUGGGCGGGGGAAGUGCUGGGACAUAAAUUAAGUCAGAAGAGUGAUGGCAGCUACAAACACAAGCCAUACACAUCCCCAUCUUUGACAACACCGCAUAUUCAAAUGUAGCACCCCAAGUAGCUCUUAGUGUGGUAGUGUGGUGAACUGCUCUUGCUGAUUCCAUAGAAGGCAGCUUCAUAGGGUCAUGUUUCUAAUAAAGCUGAAAUUCCCCUUGUUGAGAUGUAAUCACUCUGAGCUUUCGGUGUCCCACAGACCUGCCCCUCCAAGGAUAUUCUUCUCAGGUCCUGUUGUUCAUUCAGGGAACCAAACAUUUGGCUGCAGGAGACAAAAGAUGCUAGUGCACAUUGGGUGAGCUGGAAGCACCCUCAAAAAUCCUCCUCAGGUUUGGGGCUACAGUUGAAGGGGGGCCCUGAAUAUUAACACUGCCUGGCUAAUGAACCCCUCUUCUCUGACCCCAGUGUGUAUAAUACGGGUACAAGGAUUCCUGAGUCUCCUUAGCAAAAUCAGAAAUGUUCACAUUUGACUGUUCUCUUGAGGGAAACCCUCAAAAAGGCCUCUGCAGCCGAUCAACCUCUGGAGACCAACAGCAGUUUCUGGACAAGAGGGCUGCAGCACACGAAUUUCCCCCUUCUGAUGGCCUGCCAAUUGCCCACGCUAUGCUUCCACUGCCCUUAUGCUACCCUCCACGCCAAAUCUGCACACCCACACCAGCCAAAGAGUUUGCACAUGUUGGUCACAAACAUCUACUGCUGGAAUCAAGAAAACAAGGCCUGGUGCUUCAGUUAGCAUGAUAUAUUUGAAAAAGCAGAACAUGGGUUCUCUGUUUAGCAAAGGUUGAAUCCCUUUAGAGUUUAUACGGAACCAAGGUCUUUUAACAUUUGGCAUACCUCGUUUAUUCUCACAUGCCCCCAUCUCAACGAUGCCACUCUCCCAAAGGUGUCACUGACUGGUGUCAGUUUCUAGAAGGAGAAGUGCCAGGAAGGAGGGUAGCUCCCUCUGGGAGCAGGGACAGAACUGGGCUGUCUAUCAUUAAUUUGGUAAAUGAGCACUUUUAUGGUAGCCGUGAUGUGGUGGAGUCUGUGACAGAAGCAAAUAAAAUGACUUAAG